AUGCAGUUCUCCAAGAUGCUUCUGGGCCUGUCGGUCAUCGCUCAGGCCGCCGCUGCUCCGAGUGCUGCCAACUCCAGCGCUCUCGACACUCGUACCUUCCAGAGUACCUUCACUGCCCGCUGGUAUGUGCGUACGCUCUGCGACUCCGUUGGCUCCGAGCCCCUGGGAAACGACUACGCCAAUCCUUCCGAUUGCAAGGAUCUCGCCGACUACUGGCGCGCCCGUCCUGGUUUCUGGCACAUUCUCAGCUGGGAUGGUAUGACUGCCAGCGUGCUCACCAACAGCGGCAACUGCUUUGUUAGAAUCAGCAACCUGAACAAUCAGAACCGAGUCCACAUUGGAAGCCAGGAUAUCGUCGAUUUCCUAGAUACUGCUGUCGAGAAUGCUCAGAAAGACGGUAUUUCCAUUCUCGGUGGCAUUAAUUGCAUGGAAGCUCAUAUCGGCGUCUCAAUUAUGAACUAG